AUGCCUGAAACCCGCAAGCAUCGGCGGCGUCACAAGGGGAAGGGGGGACACACAGCGGUCAAUGAAGCACCGAAGCAACCGGUCUAUAUGAAUCCCUCGGGCGCAUAUACCGUUCAGGCCAUUCAAAGUGGAAAUCCAACACCUCCAUCUUUCUACAAGCCCCAUACGGGUGUCACCUCGCUAGUUCACCUACCUCCACGACCGAUCCAGGGUCAAGUACCUGUCCCUUAUGGACCCGGCACGGUGGGAAGCCCGCCUCCGGCCUGGCACUCAACGGGGUACCAAGCCCCGAAGCCCAUGUCUGAUCUUGCGAAAUGGACAUCCUGUACAAAUCUCAGUCAGUCGGUCUCGAACAUUGUCGCGCACACAGCAGGAAAAACAAAUGCCACCAUCUUGGAUCUGGAGAAUCUUGUCCUCCAGAGUGUGAGUGGCGGCGCAAAUGUGCGAGAGAGCACGUCGCGGCUUUUGGAUCAAGUUGUUACAUUGAUCGAUAUCGGAUCUUUUUGCGGGAAGGAAAAUGAGCUUAUGGCUGCAUGUGCACUCCCAACCAAACAGGAAGCGCGCAAAAGAGAUCGUUGGACACACGCGCCUGAGAAAAAGAAACCUUCGUCGCCGGUCGACUAUUUCUCGAAGGUGUAUCUCUAUGGAAAUUCUCGAAUGCCACCGCGGCUUCCUCAGAUUAAAUUCUAUCCUGCAACCUAUCCAUUGCUAAGGCUCGCUGCCCGCUAUUCACAGCAAGUAUACGAAAAGCCGAAUGGCCCUGAGCGACAAUCCUACGUGAAUUCGGACUGGCGCCACGGUACAAAGGCAAUGGUCAUCAAGUCGCUUCCGAUCGAUAAGAUGAACACUAUGGUAUUCGCUAUUCGCGGGACACAAAGCUUCAGUGACUGGGCUGUAAAUGUCCAUGCGGCACCUGUUUCACCUGCCGGAUUUCUUGAUGACCCAACGAAUAAAUGCCAUGCUGGAUUCCUAUCCGUCGCCAGGAAGAUGGUUCAAGCUGUCGCUGCGCGACUGCGUACUUUAAUCGAGGAAGAUCCUAGUCGAAUGUCAUAUACGCUUCUCCUCACCGGUCACUCAGCAGGCGGGGCUGUCGCCAGUCUCCUUUACCUCCAUUUACUUUCCGAAUCACCAGAUGUCAAGUCUGAACUCACACACCUCCGUGGUUGCUUCAAGCAAAUUCAUUGCGUCACCUUUGGUGCACCCCCCAUCUCGCUGUGGCCAUUACAGAGACCGCCAACUGCCAAUCCAUCCAAAUCAAUGUUCUUCUCAUUUGUGAACGAAGGAGACCCAGUGACACGCGCAGAUAAAGGAUAUUUCUUUUCCCUGCUGGAUUUAUAUGCGUCGCCAGCUCCUGGAUCUGUCUGGUCACUCUUCGAUCCAAGGGGGAAACGAAAUUCGUCGAAAUACUGGCAGGUUCCCCAGUCGACGCUCUCCAAUGCGGGUCGAAUUGUCCUGCUUCGUUCUCAUGGCCUAGUAUAUGGUCGUCCAGUGAGGAAUCCAUCAGCUGGUCCUGAUGCUCCUCCGCCACUACCACCACGCGAGCAGGUAGAGGCAUGUGGCACGACGGAUCUGGAACUGCGCGGUGUGGUGUUUGGCGAUCCACUAAUGCACUUCAUGGAUCUAUAUGCUCGCCGGAUUGAGAUGCUCGUAAGCGGCACGGGUGCCACGAGGAUAAAAAUUCGCUAA